AUGGGAACCGGUGGCCGGAUGAAUGAUGCUACCACCGACAAAUACGUUCUGAAACGUGUUCCUACUGAAAAAACACCAUUUGAGUUGAGUGAUGUGAAGAAAGCAAUACCACCACACUGUUUCAACCGAUCUCUUCCAACCUCUUUCUACUACCUUCUUCGUGACAUGAUCGUAUGCUACACGUUUUACCAUCUUGCAUCGAACUACAUCCCUCUCCUCCCUAAACCCAUCACUUACAUAGCAUGGCCAGUUUACUGGUUCUGCCAAGGUUGUAGUUUCAUGGGUUUACAUAACUUAGCUCAUGAUAUGGGACAUAAUAGCUUCAGUGAGUAUUCGUGGCUUGAUGACGUACUUGGUUUCGUCAUCCAUUCCUCUUUCCUCACUCCAUAUUUUUCUUUCAAAUACAGCCAUCGUAGCCAUCACGCCCACACCAAUUCAAUAGAAUACGAUGAGGUAUGGAUCCCCAAAAGGAAGACCGACACCUUGUAUUCCGAGAUCCUCAACAAUCCAUUGGGCAACUUGUUCAUGUCUCUCGUUAUUCUACUUAUCAGCUAUCCCAUGUACUUUGCCUUCAAUCUUAAUGGCAGGAAAUACGAUGGCUUCGCAAGUCACUAUUACCCACAAAGUCCUCUUUUCAAUGACACGGAGCGUAAACAAAUUUGGGUCUCUGAUGCCGGAAUUCUUUUAGUUCUGUAUGCACUUUACCAGGUUGCAACAACCGCAGGGGCACAAUGGUUGUUUUGCAUCUAUGGAGCUCCUUUGUUGGUUAUGAAUGGGCAUUUCAUGUUUCUCACUUUUCUACAACAUAACCACCUUGGACUUGCUCAUUAUGAUUCAACCGAAUGGGAUUGGAUAAGAGGUGCUUUGUCGACAGUCGAUAGAGAUUAUGGAAUAUUGAACAAAGUUUUUCAUGAUGUAACAUGUGCUCAUGUGGUACAUCAUUUGAUCCCAACUAUUCCACAUUACCAUACGGUAGAGGUCACCAAGGCUAUUAAGCCCAUCUUAGGCGACUACUACAAGCACGAUGACACCCCAGUCCUGAAGGCUUUCUGGAGAGAAAUAAAGGAGUGCAUUUAUGUUGAACCAGAUGAAGGUGCACAGAGAACUGGUGUUUACUGGUUUCGUAGGUAG